AUGAACUGCAGAAAUCUUGGCUUCAAAAAUAUACUACGCAUAAUUUUUACUACCUUGGUUGGAGUCUCUAUUCUAGUCGGUCUGACUGCUGCAUACAUCAUAGGAUACAAUUUCAUUAAAGAGGAUCACUACUUUUUUUCAUUUGGUGUCUAUGGGGCAAUUCUGGCGCUGCAUGUCAUCAUUCAAAGCCUUUUUGCUUUCCUUGAGCACAAAAGGACAGAUAAAACUCUUGGAAUGAAUGUCGACCUUACAAAGAAUGCAGUGCUUUGCAUUGCUGCUUAUCAAGAGGACCCAGAUUACCUCCGCAAGUGUUUGGAAUCUGUCAAGAGGCUGUCAUACCCCAAUAUGAAAAUUAUCUUGGUAAUUGAUGGGAACUCAGAAGACGAUGCAUACAUGAUGGAUACUUUUAAAGAGCUGAUGGGAUGUGAUCAGACUGCCACCUUUGUCUGGAGGAGUAAUUUUCAUGAGAGGGACACAGGUGUGACAGAGGAGUUGCACCAAGAAAGUAUACAGCGUGUGAAAGACAUUGUAGUUCAGAAUCAGUUUGUCUGCAUCAUGCAGAAGUGGGGUGGAAAAAGAGAAGUAAUGUAUACAGCAUUCAAAGCUAUAGGUGAACACGCAGACUAUAUACAGGUCUGUGACUCUGAUACAAUGUUAGACCCUGCUGCCACAGUGGAACUGGUUAAAGUACUGGAAAAUAACCCCACGUGUGGAGGAGUUGGUGGAGAUGUUCAGAUUCUAAAUAAGUAUGAUUCCUGGGUUUCGUUCUUAAGCAGUGUACGAUACUGGAUGGCUUUCAACAUUGAGCGUGCCUGUCAGUCUUAUUUUGGGUGUGUACAGUGCAUCAGUGGUCCACUGGGUAUGUACCGGAAUGAUCUCCUACAGCAGUUCCUCGAAGCUUGGUAUAAUCAAGAAUUUAUGGGAUCAAAAUGUAGCUUUGGAGAUGACCGACAUCUGACAAACCGUGUUUUAAGCUUGGGGUUUUCCACCAAAUACACUUCCAAGUCAAAGUGCCUGACAGAAACUCCAACAAAAUACCUAAGAUGGUUAAAUCAGCAGACACGAUGGAGCAAAUCUUAUUUCAGGGAAUGGCUAUAUAAUUCCUUGUGGUUCUACAAACAUAAUGUCUGGAUGACUUAUGAAGCAGUGGUCACUGGAUUUUUUCCUUUCUUCCUAGUAGCAACAGUAAUUCAGCUUUUCUACAGAGGAAGAAUAUGGAACAUCCUCCUGUUUCUUAUGACUGUGCAAUUUAUCGGCUUAGUGAAGGCAGUUUUUGGUAGCUUCCUGAGACGGGAUAUCACCAUGCUCUUCAUGUCUGUCUACUCAAUACUUUACAUGUCAAGUCUGCUUCCCGCUAAAAUGUAUGCACUUCUUACAAUUAACAGUGCCGGAUGGGGAACAUCAGGUCGGAAAACCAUUGUUGUAAACUUCAUUGGCCUCAUUCCAGUGACAGUAUGGUGUACAAUACUUCUAGGUGGGAUUAUUUAUACCAUAUAUGCAGAGAUAAAGACUGGGAUAGAGUUUCUAGAAGUCAUACUAAUUUUUAUUGCUGUUGGGGUAUAUGUUUGUUACUGGGUAGUAAUGUAUAUUCUGUACUCCGUCUACGUACUCAAGUGCACGAAGUACAAAAGUCGAAAGGAAAUCCGCUGUUGUAUUAUGUGAACAAUUCUAGGAAGAAAUCAUGACAGGACAAUUCUUUCACAAGAGAGCAUACUGUACUCCUGGGACAUUACAUCAGUGGUCUAAGGAACUGCAAACCUGAACUUAACACCAACAAACAUGUUGUAAAUGUAUUCACAGCAUCACAAUUUAAACAAACUAGAUUGACAUAAAUCACUUGAAUGGUUACAGAUGCUCUAAAAAAAAAUCACACAAUGUCUCAAGUUUGGCUGCAAGCCCUCAGUGAAGUUUCAUUCUAGCUGUAAAAUAUACACUUUACAAGCUAUUAAUCCAGUCAACCCCAAAAAUGCACUUUAUAAGGACAGUGCAAUUAGAAGUUACAGUGUUUACAGCAACAAAGUUAUUACAGGCACAAAAUCAGUAGUAGUAGUAGCAUAUUAACAUUUAGAAUGUCGAUGUUUUUUGGUCGACGCUGUGAAUGUUGAUAUUUGGGCGUUUCAAUGAAAUUCUGUACACCUAUACAUACCUACAAAUAUACAUAUACAUAUAUACAUAUCUAUAGAUAUAUAUAUUUAGAGAAUGGAAGACCUGUACAUUGGCACCGUGACUGGAGAACAAAUGUUGUCCAGCAGGGUGGUAAUGUACAGGUAAUGCCUGCUGAAGAAUGAGUCCACA